AUGCGGAUAUUCUGGCUCAUAUUACCGCUGCUCAAUUAUUGCAAUGCACAAUUCGACAUGUUCUCAUCGCCAAUGCGCGAAGAGUAUCAUGACUCGUUUGGAAUGCGAAACGCCAUCGACGUGUGGAGUGAGACGCUUCGCAAAAUUGCCAUGCGUAAUAAUCCAAAAUUCUAUAAACAGCCAAAUGUCAAAGCAUUUACCAUUGAACCGCCACGAGUCAAUGCAAAUGAGUUGGAUUUGUCAAAGUUUAAAAAAGAUAAGAGCGAUCAUAUUAUCAAUGAGAAGCUUUUAACACUCCUUUUACCAAGAAUCAAGGGUCAAAAUCCAUUCACCACUACCACAACGACCACUCAGAAGCCACCAACUAAAAAGACGACUCCUCAAACGACUACAAAAGCCACAACUACUACUGAAGCUACCACAACGACAACCGAGGAAAUUCAGAAAAGGACAAUUGCUGGAAGACUUGUUCAGAAUGACAAUGAUAGUGAAGAAAAUGAGGAUAUGAAGGAGGCAAAGCAAGAUUCUGUGGAGUUCACGAAGGAUGAAAAGAAUGUCAGCGAAUCCUCUGAUGAGAGCACCAAUAAGCCGGAAACAACGACAACAACUACUACCGAAAAACCAACGACUACUGAGAAAUCCACUACUACCACUACUACAACGGAAGCCGCAACGACUAUCGCAGAGGUUGCGGAGUCAUCAGGCUCCGAAGAUGAGGAUGAGACAGCGAAGAUUAACGUGCUGGUUCAUACUGUAGAUGAUGAUAGCAAGAAAGAAGAUGAUAGAAGGCCAUCUUAUAUCAAAAAGCUUGAAGAAAUUUAUAAGAAGGAGGAGGAAUUAGUUGAACAAGAGCUCGCAAAGAUGUCGGUUGCAGAACUUUUUGAAACAUCCACUACUAAGAAGGCGACGACAACAACAACUACUACUACUACUACUAAAAAACCAACAACGACUACCACGACGACGACUACACCAAAGCCCACCACUACUACUACUACUACCACACCAGCUCCCACCACCACCACAACCACCGAGAAUCCGUUGAAGAAAGAAGAACAAUUGGAAAAAGAGGCGCUUGAGGUUCUCAAAUCGCUCGAUGAAGAAGAGAAGAUUGAUUUGAAGAAGAAAGAGGAAACGAAAAAGCGGCAAGAAGAGCGCGAAGCGGCGCGGCAAAAAAUCAAAAACUUUUUGAACAAAAUGAAGAAGAUUCGUGAAAACAUUCAAAAGAAGGCGGAAACGACAACUGUGACUAGCACUGAAUCGACAACUACUGAAAAAUCGACAACUACAAUUGAUGAUACUACAGAAUCAACGACUGUUGAAGCCGAAGCUGUGACGGAAUUGCUCAAUGUUGAAGAGCUAACCACAACAACUAGGGCAGCAAUUCCAGAAGCUGAGGAUGAGGAAGAAGAAACAACAACAACCACAACAACGACGACUACAGAAGAGCCGACCACAACCGAAGAGCAGGAAAUUGAGACUAAGCACAUUUCAAAUGAAGCUGAAAAAAGUAGCGAAGACGAUGACGCCAAAAAACCAAAUUUGAAUAUUCCACGACUCUCUGGACCCGAACUUGCCCAAUUAAUGACGCCAGUUGCUGGAAUCAUGGACGACAUCCGACCAAUUCUCAGUAGUCUUCUUGGGACUUCCAGUCAAGCGGCUAGAGCGAGAGCAGCUUCGGUUCGAAGUUAUAACGCACCAAAUCCGCAGCAGAAUUUAGCAACAGGUGGCCGAGAUAUUCUUGCUGACGGCUACUCGGAAAAUUCUUUAGUUGGCUUUGGAUCGCAGCUCGCGCGCGAGAUCUUGAAUCCAGGGUCUCUAAGAAAAGAUAAAAUCACAAGGGAUAAGGCACUCGCUGCAAAAAUUGAAGAAGCUAGACUUAGAAAAGCAACGAUCGAAGCAAUGGCCACCGGUGCUCCAUUAGAUCUUGGAAACCCUUAUCCACAAUAUCCUCAACAGAAGCAAGUCGACAAGACUGCUGAAAAUCUUCCAUACUUCGUCCCACCGCCUCCAGGAUAUGUUGGUCCACUUCCUCCAGCUCCACCACCACCGCCACCAUUUAAAUCUGAAAGCUUCAAAACUGCCGAAACAUUGCCAAUCGUCAACACUCCUCAAAGACCACAACCAACACCCUCUCCGCAACCAUUGCCUACAACGCCGCGUCAAAAGAAAACGCCGAGACCUAACGAUUCCGGCUAUGAUCAGGGACGCGAUGAAGUGAAAUCGACAUUUUACGGCGAUUCUGGAGUUAUGAUGGGUGGUGGAAAAACUCAUCCCACGUCUGACUUCGAAAGCAUGCAAAUGCCGAUUAGUGGAGAAGGAUUCGGUCUAGCUCCAGUUCCCGACGAAAAUAAGCCAGCUAAGCCAGCUCCAGCUCCAAAAGCCAGCGUCCCUCAAGGAUUCGGCGGAGGUAGCAGAGGCGGCGCCUUCGGAGGAGGACACGGACCAUCAGAUGCCUUCGAAGAAGUCAUGAAGAAUUCGGAAACUGAUAUGUCAUUCUUUACCUCUGGCCGCCGAAAAAUGUAA